CGUGACAGAGCUCCUCUCUUCUCCUGCUUCGGGGUGUAGUGUGUGCUCUGUUGUGCUGUCUGCUGCCACUGUGACAGAUUUGGGGGAAAGAGAAAGUGGUCUGCUCUGGUUUUGCCACCAGACAGUGGAGUUGGUCGUCUGGACCGAGAGAGCAGUCGGGCACUGAAAGAUGGAGCUCUCUGCGGUCGGGGAACGCGUUUUCGCCGCGGAAGCCAUUCUGAAACGCCGCGUUCGCAAGUCUCGCCUAGAGUACCUAGUGAAAUGGAAAGGAUGGGCACUGAAACACAGUACCUGGGAACCAGAAGAGAAUAUCCUGGAUGGCAGACUGAUUGCAGGAUUUGAACAGAAAGAGCGUGAGAGAGAACUCCACGGACCAAAGAAGCGGGGACCCAAACCCAAAAAUCUUCCUGCCAAGGCACGUGGAGCCCAGAAGAAAGAGACCCCCACCACUCGAGCACCUCGCUCCACUUCUUCCUCCUCUCCUCGAGCCCCUCCAUCCUCCUUCCCCUCCGCCUCUCCAGCGCCCUCCCCUAAACUCAACUCCAUGGCAGCGACACACAAGCUGAAGAAAGACAUUCGACGCUGCACUAGUAUGUCCCGCCGCCCCUUACCUCGCACCGACCCCCUGGCCACUCCCGGAUCCUUCUCCGGCCCCAGUGGGUUCCCCUCGCGGCCCCCCGUCUCCCCCUUCUCAGAGACCGUCCGCAUCCUCAAUCGUCGCGUCAAACCACGCGAGGUCAAACGGGGUCGCAUCAUCCUAAACCUCAAGGUCAUCGACAAACCAGGAAGUGGAGGCGGAGGAAGGGGCGGCGGGGGUAACCGGAGGGCGCCAUCUGGCUCCAUGUCCCUCCAAGGGGGUCGUCAGAACAUCCCCUCCCGAAAUAGGAUCAUAGGGAAGAGGAGUGGAGAGGCUCCGUACCGGCCCUUCCAGCCCAUGCUGGGGUUCCCCAUGUACGGGAAGCCGUUUGGUCUCCAGUGUGGCGGCCCAGGACCUCUACACCUUCCACACUCAGCCACAGGCUCCAGCACAGGGACCUCAGGGGCUAGGGACACCCAGCCACCCCCCUCUCCCUCCAGCUCCAGUGGAUCCACCACACCCGCCCAGAACCAUCCUACCCCUCCUGGACCCGCCACUGGGGCCUCUGGGUCAGCUCCCAACUUGGGCGCCCAGGCUUCGGCCUCCUCUGCCCAGUCUACCCCUAGCCACCCCCCAGAGCUCCAGAAGAACCAGAACGCUGAACAAGGACCAAACCCCCUCCUUCCCUCCCUCUCCUUUGCUUCCGGGUCCUCCUCUUCCUCCUUUGAUGAAGAGGAGGAUGAUGCUGAUGCUCUGGACCUUUCCGCUCCUCAGGAGGGGAAGAGGAAGCUUCGCCGUCGGCGCCGACAGAAACGCCAGCCGCCCUCGGUCAGUACCGCCUCCCCUCCUCACCCCCCUGGCGCCGGUCCCUCUCCCUCCAGCUCUCAGAGGGUCCCCGCCGAGGGCGACCCCGACUGGAACCCAGAGAUGGUGGCGAGCAGCGCCAACGUGGUCGUGACCGACGUCACCACCAACCUCCUCACCGUCACUAUCAAAGAGUUCCCCUCCCCCUCAUCCCGCCCCUCCUCCCCCCAACCAAUACACCUAGAAAAUACCACCUCCUCCUCACCCCCCCCACCACCACCCCCACUGAAGAACCCCCCACAAUCCAAGCCAUACCUAUCUCGCCACGCUGCCGCUAUGAAGUUCGUUGUAGUCUUGGUCGGUGCUGGAUCCGUGGUCUUCCUCGGCGCGGCCAUCUGCAUCAUCGCCAGUGUUUACCCACGGAAAGCUGCCGCGCCCCAGGACCUGUCCGACAACGCGACUCUGUCUGCUGAGCCCUUGUUUUCCCUGGGCUCCGUGGCUCACGCCGGUACAUUGGGCGCUCUCCAUGGUGCUGAAUCCUACGAGGGCGGCGGAGGAGGCGGCAUGGGGCUCGGGCUGGGGGGUCCCUCCACUCUUAAUGAGCUCAGCCCCGGGGAGGUGACCGGUGGUGGUGGAGGGGCGCCGAAACAGUUCAGUUUCAGCCGGCUCAUCUGCACUCCGAUUCCCGCCGGAGAAUGCAAGCCCAAUAUCUUGGAGCAGCCAGCGGACGACCCUUCACUCUAUGUGGAUGAAGACUGGAGCUUCCUCCGGACCACCGCGGACGACCUCCGGCAGACGGUGGUGCAGCAGAACGGCCAAAUACUCAUGGAUCAGCGGACCAUCCGUGAGCUGACGGGGAAACUGUCGGAGUGCGAGAGCGGCCUGGAGGACGGGAGUCCCGGGCACUCCGAGCGGAGCCUGGGGGCCUGGGCGGGAAACCGCCGACUCAUGGCCGGGGAUGAUGUGAGCUCGUCGGCCGCUGUGCAGCUGCAGACCGCUAGAGCCGUGGAGGAGCUAGAGAGGGCCAUUCUCAACCUGAAAGACCGCAUCGAGAAACUGGAGUUGGAGAUCGGCCCUGCUGCCCUCAACCUCUCCGUUGAGACUCCAUCCCCCAGCGCCGGCGUGGGCGUCAGCAGAGGUGGAGGCCCCUGGAAGGACCUGGAAGGAGAGCUGGAGAGAAAGAUUGAGAUGCUGGAGAAAGAGCGGAAGGCGCUGAGGAAAGAGACACAGACACAUCACAAACAGAUAGACCAAGGGAUUGAUACUCUACACCACCGCAUUGCAGAGCUGGAACAGAGUCUGACAGAGUACAACUACCCUGACGGCUAUGUCCUCUCCUUCCCCGUGAGGACCAGGUACAUGUACGGCCUGGUGCGAAGAGAAAUGCCUGAGAUGUAUGCCUUCACCGCCUGUGUCUGGCUCAAGGUGAAAGAGGGGGGUAUCGGCACCCCCUUCUCCUACUCCGUCCCGGGACAACCCAACGAGCUGGUGCUGCUGCAGGGGAUACACAACCCUGUAGAGCUUCUUAUCAACGACAAGGUGGCUCAGCUGCCCCUGUCCCUUGCCCAGGGUGUGUGGGAGCACAUAUGUUUGAGCUGGACCCUCAGAGACGGAGUAUGGAAGGCCUACCAGGGUGGGAAGCUGAAGGGGCGCGGAGAGGGGCUGGCCGCAUGGCACCCCAUCAAGCCAGGAGGAGUGCUCAUUCUGGGGCAGGAGCAGGACACGUUGGGCGGUCGUUUCGAUGCCUCCCAGGCCCUGGUUGGGGAGCUCUCCCAGUUCAACCUGUGGGACAGGGUCCUGAAACCUGCUGAGGUAUCCGCUCUGGCUGCCUGUUCCUUGGGCACACUGGGCAACGUGGCCCCCUGGACAGACCAGGACGUGGAGGUCUAUGGAGGGGCUACCAAGGAGGCUGUGGACCCCUGCAACCAGCCACCCCGGGCCAGCCCCAGCUCCAGCCCUAAACAGUGA